AUAAUUAUAUUUCAAAUUUCAGGAGCCAAUGUAAAACUAAAGUGGAAAAACCUAAAAGACACUUUUCGAAGGGUUCUUCGAAAAGCUCCACGUCCAGUAUCGGGAUCCGAAGCUCCACCAACAAAACCGAAAUGGCCAUUUUUUGAAAUGAUGGCCUUUACGAGGCAGACAAUUGAACCCGAUCCAACUGAGGGAAAUCUUCGAGAACCAGAAAGUUAUUCAAUGGCUCAAAAUCGUUUUUUCGCAGAAACAAUAUCAGAUUUACUGGAAGAAGAGGAUGUAACCCUUUCAAGUGUCAAUAUGCUUACAAACAGCACUCCUUCUACGAGCACCAGCUGCCCCCAAAACGUGCGAAAAAAUAAAAAUAAGAGAGCGUCAACAUACAAUUUGGAGUCAGAAUUUCUCGAGUUAGAAAAAGAAAGACUACAAAUUUUAAAGAAAGAGGUAGCAAAAAAAGAAGAGGAUAGUGAUGACCUUCAAUUUUUCAAAAGUCUUUUGCCAUUUAUGGCACAAUUUAACAAUUUUGAAAAACUUGAGAUAAGAACUGACAUUCAAAAUAUUAUAUUGGAUAAACUGAAGAAUACAAAUAAAGAUUAAAAAAAUUAAAAAAAAAA